AUGAGCGGCAUCGGCAGGGCGCUCUACAAUGUGGGCUUCUGGGUGCGCGAGACGGGUCAAGCGCUCGACCGACUCGGUCCUGGCCGUGUUGAAUCCUCUCCCGCACAAGCAACCACCGUCGCCACCCCUCUUUCUCAACUUCCCUCCCCCCUCUACUUCCCAUGCCUCCCUGUUUUUCCCCGCCCCACCCCUUCGAAUCCGCCCCCUUGUUUCCGCGUGUUCCCCCGGUAUUAUCCUCGCUUCCCGUCGUUCCCGCGCGCCGCAGUCUCGCGGCAUCGCACGAUCAUGAAUCUUUUCGACAAGCUGCCCGAGGUGCCCGCGAACGCCUUCGUGGCGCCGAGCGCGGCUGUGAUUGGCGACGUGCAGAUCGGGCAGCGAUCAUCUGUGUGGUACAACGCCAUUCUCAGAGGUAAAGCCCUCCCCAGCCACACCUUCCCUACCAUAUUCUCCCCUUUCCAUACUUUUCCUUCAACAUACCAUACCCUCCGUAUGCCAUACCUACACCUUUCCACACCUCCUCCUUACCAUACCACUUCGUUACCAUACCUCCCCCUUUCCAUACCUCUUCUUUACCAUACCUCUCGCUUACCAUACCUCUUCUUUACCAUACCUACCCCUUACCAUACCUCUUCUUUACCGUACCUCCCCCUUGCCAUACCUCCUCAUGACCGCGACGUGAACAGCAUCCGCGUGGGCGCGGACACGAACAUCCAGGACGGGUGCAUCGUGCAUGUGGCAAAGACCAACCUCGCCGGGAAGAUCCUCCCCACCAUCAUCGGCUCGCGUGUCACCGUCGGGCACAACGCGGUGCUCCACGCGUGCACGGUGGAGGACGAGGCGUUUGUAGGUAUCGGAGCCACGCUGCUUGAUGGGGUGGUGGUGGAGUCGGGUGCCAUGGUGGCUGCUGGCGCUCUCGUUGUGCAGAACACCCGCAUUCCCUCGGGACAGAUUUGGGCCGGGUCGCCAGCUAAGUUCUUCCGCACGCUGACAGCAGCAGAGCAAGCAUUCAUUGCCAAGUCAGCGGAGAGCUAUGCCAGCCUGGCAGAGGUACACGCCAAGGAGAAUGCCAAGAGCUUUGAGGAGGUGGAGGCGGAUAAGAACCAGAGGGAGGGGUGGGCCAACUACAGUGAAGACUUCGUUUCUAGUGUGGGCGCUGUUGUGGAUAAGCCGCCUGUUCCUGGUCCAGUCAAGCUGGCUUAG